AUGAACAUAGAAACUGCGGCCGUUGGCAAGCAAUUUCAGGAUGGUACGAAGUGCAACUUUGUGCACUUCGGAUCGCCAAGGUCCUCUCCGGCAGCCGUCGCUCAUACUCAUACUCAUCAGCAGACCAGAAGUGCCCGCCUACCAGUACCGAAGCGCCGUGUGUGCAUGGUUGUGGGCUGUAGCAGCACCUGUGUCAAUAAGAACUGUACCCGGUCAACUUGCCGCAAACACUGCAGGCGCCUGGGUGGCUGCCACCUUUUCAACCAUGUUGGCGAUCCAAACGGCGCUGAAGGGUUGGAGCUCGAAGAUGAUCAAGAUGCUGUGGCUGGGCUGCCAGAUGACGACGACCCUGCACCCAUUGAAUGCCUGUCGCGUUCACCAUCUCCUCAUCUGCAUGAUGUAUCAGGUGUUGCGGCGCCCAUUAUCGAGACUCACAUCGAGCAUCUGCCUGAUAACCUGCAAGCAAAGAAGCCGACGAGGGCUCGAACUGCGCCCGCAUGCAAUCGCGCCUCCCCAGACAGUGGCCCUCGGUAUCAUAUGCAAAUGCCUGAAGUCUUCACAAUGCAACUAGCAGAAACAUCCAAACGUGAGGAAGAACAAUGUCAGCGCCAUGCUGACGAGAUUGAGGCGCAGAAUCGUGCAUGGUACCAUACAGUUGUGUAUUCCUGGGUAAAGGAUGGUGGUCAGCCCAACAUGUUCGAGUUCCAGUCGGGCACAUCGUCAUUUACUUGGCCCCACUUAUCACUAAACCACCAAGUUAUAUCCCUGAUGGGACUGGCCACUGCUGGUGUUGACGAAGGGGUAGGUGCUGCCUCCAUCAUUCAUGUAUGGAACCAUCGACGUCGAGAAUGGCGAGGUGUACAGCCAGGCUAUCUUAUCACUGUCGUCGAAGGCCAGCCUGUCCUCCUCAAGAACCCAAACGUAACUCAGUGUGUGGAUCUCGAUAGCUGUAUCCGAAGCAUCAGCGACUCCCCACCUAACCUCCGCUCUCACUUGGCUGCCGACCGUGCUGCAGUCCGUGAGGAGCUGCGUCAGCACCAUAACGUUUUGCCUGCACCCAACGAAGUCGUCUUUCAUGCUCAUUCGCAUUCGCAUUCUCAGCCGCAUUACGCUCAGGACAAUGUCAAGAUGGGCAACUCGCCGUCUGAGUUGGAGGUCGAGGCCCUGUUGCUAUCAAAGGGCAAGGGUAAAGCCAAACCUCCAUUGGAAACUUCACCUAGUCCUCCUCCUGCUGAACCUCAUUCCAGACAGCCCUCCUUAUCAUAUUCAGCAUAUUCAAUUCCAUCUUUUGGGACACCGUCUCCGCCCCCCAAACCUUUCAAACGAAAUGUCCGCCGUCGCAGUCCACGUAGUCCCACGACCAGUGUGGACUCUAGCUCACCCCCACCUCGUACUCGUCGUAAACCACUCGAACGGGCCACUGCACGCCCUUUGGUAGGUUCAUCGACAGCUCAUGCAGCCAUAUCUGGAGGCACACUCUCUGAUCCGAUUGACGUGGACAAUGAUGUCAAGGUCCGGCCAGGUGAUUUCUACACAUGUGAUAUUGCCAAGGGCUUCAGACUCUGUGAGACAAUCAGCAAGCGUCGCCAAGGUGUUGGUGCGGUGUUCCAGAAGAUGUUUGGGGUCCCUUACGCUAGCACAACAUAUCACACUCACAAGAAGCGUUGGGCGGAUGCGCCCGCCAAUGUUAUGGAUAAGUUCAUCAAGGCUGGGCGAACAGAAGAUGGUCUAUGGUCGAAGUUCAUGGCAGAGACCCGGUCCUGA